CGUUAACGACAACAUCUCCGCUCUCUCACUCCCCGCGCACACCGUAUACUAUAAAUACAAAUCCAAACCCACCGUUCCUCCCCAAAUUCGAAAGCAACAAAUUAAUACCUGACUUACUCUUCGGACACAACAUAAUUUAGUGCGUAUUAUAUUUGUAUGGAGUUCUUCAGCGGAGGUGGCGGCGAAUCGAGCUCACCGUCGACAUCGGCGUCGGCGGAGACGGGGGAGUACGCGACGGUGUCGUCGGCGCCGCCGAAGCGGCCCGCGGGGCGGACGAAGUUCCGGGAGACGCGGCACCCGGUGUACAAGGGGGUGCGGCGGCGGGGCGCGGCGGGGCGGUGGGUGUGCGAGGUUCGGGAGCCGAACAAGAAGUCGCGGAUCUGGCUCGGCACCUUCCCGACGGCCGAGAUGGCCGCCCGGGCCCACGACGUCGCCGCCAUCGCCCUCCGCGGCCGCUCCGCCUGCCUCAACUUCGCCGACUCCGCGACGCUCCUCCCCAUCCCGCCCUCCUACGCCACCACCCGCGACAUCCAGCGGGCCGCCGCCGAGGCCGCCGAGGCCUUCCGCCCUCCGGAAUUCAGCCCCAAUUCGCCCGCCGCAGCGACUACGCCCCCGUCCGACGCGGACGGAAUGUCGGAAUUUUACGCGAACAAUGCUGCCGGCGGCGGCGGCAGCGGCAGCGGCGGCAACGUCAACGUCAACGUCAUCGGUGGCGGCGGCGGCGGCGGCGACGAAGGGUUUAGCGGGUGGAUGAGCUACGACGAUUUGGACGCGGGGAUGUACUACGCGAGCAUGGCCGAGGGGUGGUUCGUGGAGCCGCCGACGUCGCGCGACGGAGGGCAUAGUAACUGGGACGAGGGAGACGGCGGCUGCGAUGAGUGACAUGCAGAAUAAGGGGGAAGAACAAACGAUCGAAUGGGAUUGUAACAUUGUAGGCCGGUACCUGUUCGGUUGUUUCGUUCAAUGGACGGUUCAGAUCGUUUUGUUCAUAUUAAUAAUCAUGUUGCAAAUGUUUUCCGGAGAAUCCCCUCGACUUUGGCAGGCGAUUUUGCAAUAGCACCUCUCGACUUCAUGUUUUAUAGGUAAUUUUAAUUUUUCCUGAUUUCAAAAAUAUUUUAGCUAAUCAAAUUAUCAAUUUAGUAAAAGUGAUAGAAAUUUUUUAUUUUUUUAUUUUUAAAAAGCAAGUGUGUAAAUCUCACCUCAAGAAAGCACUAUAAUUUGUUAUAUAUCAUAAUUUUUUUCAAGAAGCCGGGGCUUAAAGUUAUUAUUAUUUUAAUAUAUCUGCAUAUGGGAAAGUAAACCUCCAACCUCUUGGUCAGCUACUGAGGUACCAUCUAAUUAAUUCGAUAGUACCGGUAGCAUUAACAAUUCUAUUAUUAGAAUUUACAAUUUGAACUUUUUUU